AUGCCCGUCCCUAACCUGAAAGUCCUCGCGUCGCUACCGAAUGAGCAUCCGGUACCUGUCAUCUUCCGAACAUACUCGCUGGCCCUCGGCCUGGCCCUCGGUCCAGCCGCUCUCUCCCUGCUUAGUUCCAAGAAAGCGCGGGCCAAGGGCGUAUUUGCCUCUGUGUACCGCAUCCUCAGCCGCGAGCUUGCUAUCAGCGGCUUCCCCUUUGCCAUUACUGUCGCCGUCGGUGGUGGCGCCGUCCUACGACACGUGCUCUCUCUGCUCGACUCGGAGGAGGGUGACCUGGAGCGCAUAUAUGGAACGGCCAUCGGCGCGCGGCUGGGGGCGUUUAAAGCGCGUCUGGCCCGAGCCCCGGAGGAGGAUCGCGCGUUCUGCUGCAAUGCCCUCGCGGCAACCUUCUCCAUUUUAUUGCUUCAGUCCCGACGGCCAUCAAGGACGCAUCCACCCGGCGAACUCCUCCCGCUCACCCCGCCCGUUGCGUCCGGGAGGAGAGUGUCGCCCACGCUCGACUUGACUUUACUCCUCCUCGUGCGCGCCAUAGACGCCCUCGUUCAGAGAGGUCUUUUUGGAAGGCAGGAAAAUGAGAGCGACGAGGCGAGAGACAAGCGCCGCAAGCUCACGACCAAGAUUGACGCGCUGGUCUUCUGGACUAGCAGCGCGCGCAUUAUGUGGUGCUUCUUCUAUCGGCCCUCUACUUUACCUAGAUCCUACGUUCAAUGGAUAUCGUCCCUGGCGAACAUCGAUCGUCGAUUGGUGACCACUCUUCAGGACGUACGCAGUGGGAGGUUUUCGUAUGUAAAUGGUAUAGCGCCCACCUCAAGUGCAUUGGAGGAUCUCGCCGGUGAUCUGGGCUACCCAAGGGAGUGGGGCAAUCCGGCUCGUGUGCCGGCAUAUGGCGGCACCUCCGCCGUGGCCCAGUGGCAGAAACUUGGCCUCACUACACGGCAUACUGGUGGAAUUCCCUGUGCUGUGGUACACGGGACUGUGACCGGUCACAGUUGCACGCAGAACGUUACUCUUCGUGCUCUCCAUGCCUUCCUAGAAGCCGUAGCUCUCUAUUUACCGGUUCACGCCCUACCCGCGUUGAUAUCGAAUCCGCGAGCACUACUCAAGCUUUCGAAAGUACUUCCGAUCGUCUUCGGUACCGCGCGGAGCGCGACAUUCCUGGCCGGCUUCGUGUCAUCCUUCUGGGCGGGCGUUUGUUUGACACGGAGCGUUCUUCUGGCGCGUCUGCUGCCAUCUGUAUCUCAUGACUUCUGGGAUGGUCCGUACGGUUGCAUCCUCGCCGGUUGCCUCAUCAGCGGUAGCUCUAUCUGGAUCGAGGACGGUCGCCGACGAGGCGAGAUCGGCCUGUACGUGCUUCCGCGUGCCAUUCGCUCGUGCCUGCCACACCGAUGGUUAACGAGUGGAGGCCGCGGAGUACAGGCAGCCGAAAGACUCGCAUACACCCUGUCGCUCGCAUACCUUUUGACAGCGGCACAGUACCAUCCCGCUAGCCUUCGUGGUCUUGCCAAGGGAACGCUCGCCUUCGUCAUGAAGGGGCGCUUUGGGAGCAGCCAAAAGCCAAAAGAGCACGCGAGCAUGACCCGCGAAUCAAAUUCACAGAUGUAA